ACAGAUGAAAUAAGACAGGAAUUUGAUGAAGAUAUGUCCAUCCUACGUGCUUUCUCAAUUGUUUUUGAAAGGAGGCCAGAAUUGAGGAUAGAGGGCCUUACCCAUAAUGUGCUUCAGUGGUAUUUAUGUAGAAUGGAAGGCUGGUUUUUUCUGCGGAUGCUGAUACCAUCUCACUAAAAUGUUUUGGAUCAGGAUGAAUGAGAAUUUUGACACAAUAGAAAUGGAGAAAAUACUAGAUGGAAUGUAUGUUCGUGUUAAUGGACACUUGAAGAGCUUUAAAGGUGUCAAGCAAUUAGUUGCCUUCUCUGUCAGGCCUGUGACAAACUUUGAUGAGGUUGCCUUCCAUUUUAUCGAUUGCAUACAUAACCACUUGCAAUCUAAAUCACAGUUGCAAGGAGUUACCCCGACCCAGCCUCAGUCAGGGGAUAUAUCCUUGAGCAUUCCUGUGAAGAAUGAAUCAAGUGAAUCAAGUGGAUAUCAGACAGCCCCAUCUAGUCAAUUAUCUGGGCAAUUUAGCAGUGAUGGGCUCAAGAGCUGUGAUCAAUUGGUCCUUGACUAUCUGCAGCAGCCUUCAAGCAUUGGACAGGAAAAGGGGAUACACAGGGAUGAACUUUCACGGCAGCUAAAACUUCCUGUGGAUAAGAUUAUGGAAUCAAUUAGGGCUCUUGAGGAGGAGGGUUUGAUAUACUCCACUAUUGAUGAGUUUCACUACAAGUCAACUGCAUGUGGUUGAUAUUCUUGAGGUUUGAACUUGCGCUAGGGUUGGGUGUGAACGCCGUUGCUGUUUUAUUUUUCUAGUCUUGUCUGGUCUGGAGUGUGUACAUAUCUAAUUAAUUAGAUGCUUUUAUUGGGUGUUCUUUCCAAUGAUCAUCCCAUUCUCGGUUC